AAACUGCAAUUUCGGCAUUGCGGUCCCCAAUCGCUGAACGGACCUCCCAUUCUCAUCUUCUCCUCUUUCCCUGAGAAAAACGACUUCUGGAAUUCCUAUCUCUCUUCCUUCCCCAAAGAAGAUUAUUUCUAGAGAGCUUCUUCGUUGCUGCUUUUACUGCAUCUGUAGCCAGACUCCAUCCUCCUUUCCCUCAUCUCCAUCCGGAAUCCAUUCUCGCGCUUGAAAAGGCCGUUCCCGACAGUUAUUCUCUUCGCUUUUCGGCCAUAGGUGCGUCGGACAAUGCCAGAAGGGAGAAGCUGAGAACAUUGCGAUGGACGGAAGCUUUUUCUCGCCGAUUAAAUACUCUGAGCACCGGAAUCUGACGAAAAAGAUACCGAAGUUGUCGCUCCGGCAGAGGAACGCCGCCUCCAGCGCGCGGAAUCUGACGGAGGCAGUAGGAUGCCCAAAGGUCGUCCGCAUCUCCGUUACCGACGCCAACGCAACGGACUCGUCCAGCGAUGAGGAUGAGCUCUUCGUCCGCCAACGUGUGAAGCGGUACGUCAACGAGAUCAGCUUCGAACCGAGUUCGAGAGAUAACGGCGGUAACGGAAACUCCUCUUGGAAAGGCAGAUCCGUCAAAAAUGGCCGUAAGAAAACAAUUACUCCACCAGCAAGGACUGCUCUUUCCACUGCCGGGAAGAAGUUUCGGGGCGUACGGCAGCGACCGUGGGGAAAAUGGGCGGCCGAGAUCCGCGACCCCUCGCGACGUGUACGGCUCUGGCUUGGCACGUACGACACGGCCGAGGAGGCCGCGAAGGUUUACGACAACGCGGCGAUACAGCUUCGCGGGCCCGAUGCCAUGACAAACUUCUCCACCGCCGCUCCAGUGGUUGCAGCCAAAAUCAAGCCGGAAAUCAACCCGGCGACCUCUUCCGGUGAGGAUUCCGCGGAUGAGUGUCAGAACCUCUCCUCCCCAACCUCCGUUCUCCGGUUCUGUUCAGCACCGAUGGAGGAGGCCAAGUCACAAGACCGACAGCAGCCGGUCAAGGAGGAGCAUAAAGAGGAGCUACGGUUACCGGAGAACUUCAGCGAGUUUUUGCCGAUGGAUACGCCGUUCCUAAACGAGUUCUUGAAUUUCGACGAUCCUGUGCAAUCCCUCUUAGACGAUAUUUCGCCGGACAGCUUUUUUGGGGGAGAUUUCUACGAUAUCGGCCUCGGUGCACGAGACGAUUUUGCCUCGACGUCCUGGCACGUGGAAGAUCACUUCCAAGAAAUCGGCGAUUUAUUCAUGUCGGACCCUCUCCCCUCCUUCUGAGACUUCCCGGAUCUCGUCCCCGGCAUGCCGCUUCCUCGGCAGAUUUUGAAACGGCGGGAAACAAAAUGCGGCGGUUUUUUAAUUUUUAAUUUUUUUAUUAUUUUUGGCAAUUUUCCUUUUUAAUAUAUCUCCGUUCAAGCUAACGGUGACAGAGAGCUCGAGUGAAAUUCCUGGCUUUUUUU